AUGUUUAACACAAACCAUGAAUCCUUUGUAGGAUCAAUAAAUGAUCCUGAAGACGGACCUGCUGUUGCACAUACCGUUUAUUUGGCUGCAUUGGUAUACCUGAUGUUUUUCGUAUUCUGCGGAUUCCAAGUAUACUUGGCCAGAAGAAAACCUUCGAUCGAGUUGCGUUAA